CAGUGGACUCAAUAGGCUGAGUGGAUGAGACCAGUAAACUCAAUAGGCUGAGUGGAUGAGACCAGUGGACUCAAUAGGCUGAGUGGAUGAGACCAGUGGACUCAAUAGGCUGAGUGGAUGAGACCAGUGGACUCAAUAGGCUGAGUGGAUGAGACCAGUAAACUCAAUAGGCUGAGUGGAUGAGAGUUUUAUGUUGAGACGAUCUAGUCCGGAGUAAACAGUGUUAUAAUUUGGAGCUUUAAUUUAGGUCUCUCUGUUUAACCAAAUACUCUGUUUGUCUUUGGCAGGAGAGAGACCAGACUCUCACUCUGACAGCGGGAAGAGUCCUUCAGGGGAACCAGACUCAGAGACGCCCAAACCAGCGAGACGACACCACUGCUCCCAGUGUAAUAAGAGUUUUAAGUGGUUAUGGAAGCUGAAAGAGCAUGACAGAACACACACAGGAGAAAAGCCUUACCAAUGCUCUCAGUGUGGAAAAGGUUUUACCAACUUAGGGAACCUAAAAAACAUGCAAAAUUACACACCGGAGAGAAGCCUUUCCAAUGCUCCCAGUGUGGGAAGGGUUUUACACGGCUAGGGAACCUGAAGGACCAUAAAAGAGUACACACAGGAGAGAAACCUUUCCAAUGCUCCCAGUGUGGAAAUGGGUUUACUCAGUUAGGGAACCUGAAAAGGCAUGAGAGAACCCACACAGGAGAGAGAACUUUCCAAUGUUCCCAGUGUGGAAAGAGUUUCACACGGUUAUGGAGCCUGAAAGAACAUCAAAUAGUUCACACAGGAGAGAAACCUUUCCAAUGCUCCCAGUGUGGAAAGGGUUUUAUUCUGUUAGGGAACUUGAAGAAGCAUGAGCGAACACACAGAGGAGAGAAGCUUUUCCAAUGUUCCCAGUGUGGAAAGAGUUUUACACGGCUAGGGAGCCUGAAAGCUCAUGAAAGGAUACACACAGGGGAGACAUCUUACAAUUGCUCUCUGUGUGGAAAGAAAUUUACCAAGUUAAAGAACCUAAAAAAACAUGUAAAAUUACACACAGGAGAGAAACCUUUCCAAUGCACCCAAUGUGGAAAGAGCUUUACACGGUUGGGAAACCUGAAGGAUCAUAAAAGAAUACACACAGGAGAGAAGCCUUUCCAAUGUUCCCAGUGUGGAAGGAGUUUUACACGGCUAGGAAACCUGAAGGACCAUCAAAUAAUGCACACAGGAGAGAAGCCUUUCCAAUGUUCCCAGUGUGGAAGUGGUUUUACCCAGUUAGGGAACUUGAAAAGGCAUGAGAGAACCCACACAGGACAGAGAACUUUCCAAUGUUCCCAGUGUGGAAAGAGUUUUGCACAGUUAGGGAGCCUGAAAGAACAUAAAAUAGUUCACACAGGAGAGAAACCUUUCCAAUGCUCCCAGUGUGGAAAGGUUUUUACCCUGUUAGGGAACUUGAAAAAGCACGAGAGAAUACACACAGGAGAGAAGCCGUUCCAAUGUUCCCAGUGUGGAAAUAGUUUUAAAAGUUUAGGGAGCCUGAAGGAGCAUGAAAGAACACACACAGGGGAGACAUCUUACCAUUGCUCUAUGUGUGGAAAGGAUUUUACCAAGUUAGGGAACCUAAAAAAACAUAUACAAUUACACACAGGAGAGAAACCUUUCCAAUGCACCCAGUGUGGGAAGGGUUUUACACGGUUAGGGAAUCUGAAGGACCAUAAAUUAAUACACACAGGCGAGAAGCCUUUCCAAUGUUCCCAGUGUGGAAAGGGUUUUACCCAGAUAGGGAACCUGAAAAGGCAUGAGAGAACCCACACAGUCUUAACAAUGACCCCAGGAGUUGGAACCAGUUCAGAAAACAGAACAGAAAACCGCAAAAAACAAUGUUUUAUUGAGGAACAGAAACAGAACUGGGAAAGAAAGUGAUCUCUUCUCUCCUGCGUUCUGGAACAGAAGCAUUAUUUUAAAAGUAUGGUAACCGGUUAAUAACGUUCUUUUAAAGUAACUGUCCUGUGAAAAUCUAACUUUUUAAAGUUAAUCCUCUCCGAACUCAUAUCCAAAUAAUGUUUUUGACUCGUCCGAUUCUCGUAUUUGAGACCAAAGCAUAAAUUACAGAUGAACUGGCCAAUCAACGGUCUUGAGGAGAAUGAGCUGGCCAAUCCACGGUCUACUCGUGUUAUUUUUUGUGACCGGUAUACGCCCACAACAUUCUAUUAGGAAGGCGUUCUUAAUGUUUUGUCCACUCUGUGUUCCUCUGCAUGAUGUAUUGUUACACCGCAUAGGAGCAGUAUAGACCUAGUCUGUUCAUUAUAUACAUCUACAUGAUGUAUUGUUACACCAUGUAGGAGCAGUAUAGACCUAGUCUGUUCAUUAUAUACAUCUACAUGAUGUAUUGUUACACCAUGUAGGAGCAGUAUAGACCUAGUCUGUUCAUUAUAUACAUCUACAUGAUGUAUUGUUACACCAUGUAGGAGCAGUAUAGACCUAGUCUGUUCAUUAUAUACAUCUACAUGAUGUAUUGUUACACCAUGUAGGAGCAGUAUAGACCUAGUCUGUUCAUUAUAUACAUCUACAUGAUGUAUUGUUACACCAUGUAGGAGCAGUAUAGACCUAGUCUGUUCAUUAUAUACAUCUACAUGAUGUAUUGUUACACCAUGUAGGAGCAGUAUAGACCUAGUCUGUUCAUUAUAUACAUCUACAUGAU